GAUUGCAUCAGUUAGUGACGCAAUAUCCGGGACACGAUCUUGCCGGUGAGCUGGCUGAACUGAUUAACACAAUUGAAACAAUAUAUUUACGGGUAUAGUAUUCGUAUAAUGGCGGAAAAGAGCAUGGCGGAGCAAAUGGAGGAGUUGAAAGUUGACGACGGGAAAAAGGGAGGAGGAGCCAAAGAUGGAGAGAAGAAGAAGAAGAAGGUUGCAGCGGGAGACGCUGGUGGGAAGACAGAGCUGUCCCCUCCUCCCGGGUACAUGGAGGAGCGUCUGUCCCUGUACACUAAACUGAAGGAGGAGCAUGAUGCUCUGAUGGCAGAGAGGGCAGAGAAGGACAGUAAAUCCAUCAAUGUGACUCUGCCAGAUGGGAAGGUGGUGGAGGCUGAGUCCUGGAAGACCACGCCCUACCAGGUGGCUGCUGGCAUCAGUCAGGGUCUAGCUGACGCCACAGUGAUAGCUAAGGUGAACAGCUCUGUGUGGGACCUGGACCGACCUCUAGAGGAAAACUGCAGUCUGCAGCUACUCAAGUUUGAUGACGACGAGGCUAAAGCUGUGUACUGGCACUCCAGUGCCCACAUAAUGGGUGAGGCAAUGGAGAGGGUCUACGGAGGCUGCUUGUGUUACGGUCCGCCCAUCGAGAACGGCUUCUACUACGACAUGUUCCUGGACCAAGAGGGGGUGUCCAGUAAUGACUUCCCCUGUUUGGAGAACUUGUGUAAGAAGAUCAUCAAGGAGAAGCAGCCCUUUGAGAGGCUGGAGAUCAAGAAGGAGACUCUCCUGGAGAUGUUCAAGUACAACAAAUUUAAGUGCCGGAUCCUGAAUGAGAAGGUGACCACCCCAACCACUACUGUGUACAGGUGUGGUCCGCUGAUUGACCUGUGCCGAGGACCCCAUGUCCGACACACUGGAAAGAUCAAGGCCCUGAAGAUCCACAAGAACUCCUCUACCUACUGGGAGGGCAAGGCUGACAUGGAGACUCUUCAGAGGAUCUACGGCAUCUCCUUCCCUGAUCCUAAGAUGCUAAAGGAGUGGGAACGCUUCCAGGAGGAGGCCAAGAGCAGGGACCACCGCAAACUGGGACGGGAACAGGAUCUGUUCUUCUUCCAUGAUCUGUCUCCAGGCAGUUGUUUCUUCCUGCCUAAAGGAUCCUACAUCUACAACAGUCUGGUGGACUUUAUCAGGUCUGAGUACCGUAAGCGAGGCUUCCAGGAGGUGGUAACCCCUAACAUCUAUAACAGUAAGCUGUGGCAGACAUCAGGCCACUGGCAGCACUACAGCGACAACAUGUUCUCCUUCGAAGUGGAGAAGGAGGUGUUCGCCCUCAAACCUAUGAACUGCCCGGGACAUUGUCUGAUGUUUGACCACCGACCGCGUUCCUGGAGGGAGCUGCCUCUGCGAAUGGCUGACUUCGGCGUGCUGCAUCGUAACGAGCUGUCUGGCGCUCUGACUGGGCUGACCCGUGUACGACGCUUUCAGCAGGACGAUGCCCACAUCUUCUGCACCAUGGACCAGAUUGAGGAGGAGAUUAAGGGUUGUCUGGACUUCCUGCGUACAGUCUACGACUGUUUUGGUUUCUCCUUCAAACUCAACCUGUCCACCCGGCCUGAGAAGUUCCUGGGAGAGCCUGCGGUCUGGGAUCAGGCUGAGAAGCAACUGGAGAACAGUCUGAAUGAGUUUGGCGAGAAGUGGGUCCUCAACCCUGGAGACGGGGCCUUCUACGGACCGAAGAUUGACAUCCAGAUCAAGGAUGCUAUUGGUCGAUACCAUCAGUGUGCCACCAUCCAGCUGGACUUCCAGCUACCAAUCCGCUUCAACCUCACCUUUGUCAGCCAUGAUGGAGACGAUAAGCAGAGGCCAGUCAUCAUCCACAGAGCCAUCCUGGGAUCAGUAGAGAGGAUGAUCGCUAUCCUCACUGAGAACUACGGAGGGAAAUGGCCGCUGUGGCUGUCUCCUCGUCAGGUGAUGGUGGUACCUGUAGGACCCACCCUGGAUGACUAUGCACAGAAGAUCCGUGAUGAUUUCCACCGUGGAGGUCUGAUGACAGACGUAGACUGUGAUGCCAGCUGCACCCUGAACAAGAAGAUACGCAACGCACAGCUGGCACAGUACAACUUCAUCCUGGUUGUGGGUGAGAAGGAGAAGACCAGUGAGACGGUGAAUGUGCGUACGCGUGACAACAAGGUGCACGGAGAGCGCAGCGUCAAUGAGUGUAUGGAGCGUCUCAAACAGCUGAAGGCCUCACGCAGCCGCAACGCGGAGGAGGAAUUCUGAUCCCUCUGACGGUCCUUCAGUGAACCGCAUCUCAGAGGAUUUAAACUGGUUCAACUUCAAACACAAAGUGCAGGACUUCCGAGUCCUUAGAGGGAGCUCGCUCGCUCGGUCUUUUACUUAACUUGACUACGCAUCUGUCUACAUUUCUUAAUAAAGUUUUUUAUUUUAUUUUUUGCUUUUUGAGAUCACAUUCUAAUUCGUUGAACGUUUUGAUAAAACAAAGCAUAAAUCACAACUCUUUCAAUGGAACCUCCAAUGUCCUCUUGUAAUAUGUGAAACUCAUGAUACUGUCGAUGAUCUGUUGUGGAAAUGUUACAAGGGAUGACCUCUACUUUUAAAUUGAUUUAUACCA